CCUGCCAGUGGCUAUGGUCUCGGGUUUCUGUUAACAACGUCCAUUGCUUUCCUAACAAGGCACCUAAAGCUUAGGCGCGUAAUCAAUCCUUCCUUCUGACGGAAGCACACGCGUUUUCUUAAAGCGCACCUCGGGAGCGCCAUCACACAUACUUUGGCGCUGGUUUCGACUGGAGCGACAGAGGAUUAUGAAUUUCCAUCCUUCAACUUUUAAUCUCAUGUUGACUGAGGCUGAGUCCUGUGCGCACGCAGCUGGGGCAAAUGUGCGCUAUUCGUGUGCGACAAAUGUCGGAUCAGAUGCAAAUUUAUUCCAUUAUCCUGUAACUCUUGGCAGUUUGGCUGAUUUGAGUUCGGACUCCGAAGUCGAGAUAAUCGAGGCCAUAGAAAUCCCUAUCUUGCCCAAGAAGCGGAGAAGCAGGACGAACUUUGAUGCUUGGCAGCUGGGAGAGCUCGAGAAAGUUUUCAGGAGGACACAGUAUCCGGACGUUUUCACCAGAGAGGCGCUCGCUCUAAAACUGGACUUACUCGAGUCGAGAGUUCAGGUCUGGUUUCAGAAUAGGAGAGCUAAACUGCGAAGGGAAGAAAAAACCAAGGCGAGACCUGGCAGAAGGGAGAAAAGUGAGGUCGAGAAAACAGCGGUAGCUUUAAAAAUCCUCGAAGUGUUCGACAGGGACUUGACUCCGGAGAACAGCUCGGAGGAAAUUGAUCAGCCCCCAACACCACCAAGUGUGGAUAACAACACCCAGCCAUUACCCUCAUCGUCCACUUUCAGUAUCGAGAGUAUUCUCUCGAGGAAAGAUCCUCCCGCACAACUUGAAAAGCAGACCACAGUUUCCCAAAGUUAUAAUAAAAGUUUUCGUAUUGAGGAGCUCAUUGACGUCACGAAUGACUUACAGGAUAGAUUGAAAAAUAACACGAACGGAUCAGCUCCUAGUGCAGUCGAGUCCUUUAACGCCAUGGCUACUUUAUCAAAUACAACUUCAAGUAUAACUAUCAGCUCUGAAAGAGAAGACUCUGCGAAAGACAAACGCACCGCCAACAACAUUUCAUCUGAAAAAGACACUCUGCUGGCACCAUUUUAUGUUCCUACUCCAAGACAUUGCGCUACAGGGUUUCAGAGCGUAGCCCUCGAAAAAUACAUACACCCCGAGACUUUGCCACCGCAUAACGCAGAGGUGUUUGAGAACUUUCGUAGUUCAAGUAUUAUGCGACUGAGAACACGAGCCGAGGAGCAUUUGAAGCAACUGCGAGUUUCUUAAGUUAGUUGACGAAAUUGGAAAAAAAAAAGCAAAAAACAACACUUUCUUCAAACACUUGAUGUCUCAUGAUCUAACGCAAUCGACGUGUGACUCUAUGGCGGUCAUGAACCAGCUUUCCAUUCGUUUCGUUUGUAAUUGUCCUUGUUGCUUUCACGUAUGAGCGCUAUUUAAAAAAAAAUAUAUUUUCCUCCCAAGAAAGUGUGUCCUCUUUCACGAAUUCUUGGUACAAACCGCGAAUAGGUGUGACAAUUAAGUGCCGGACUAACCAACCUAAAGAAUUCCUUCUCCGUACAUAGCAGCUCUCUUGUGUAAUUUUUUUCUUCUUUAUUUCAUAUACCAAAAUGAUUCUAUUGAUGUAUGGGGAAGUUGUCUACUUUAAUCAGGAAUUGUGCCUUAUGCCGAAUGUUAAUUUUUUUCCUUUUCUCGUAUCUCACCUACACAGAUGGAAUUUGCCUGACAUUUGAUAACUACUAGUGAUAAAUUCUUGUCUUUCGUGACUUAGAACUUGUCAAUAACUGUCUCGUUAGGGACUGCUAAAUACUGAUAGAUGAUAACAUAUUGUUAGGAUGCUAAACAUGUAAUGUCAGACUUUCUGUUUUACCUCAAACGUAGCAAUAACUUCCAUUUCGUUACGAAAAGAAAGUGAAAAUGCAAGCGUCAAAGGACUUGUUGACAUUUAGUAAACUUGAAACAAUU